CUUGUCAUAACAGUAGCUUUUAAAAAUUGGAAGUAAUAGCUAUUUUCCUGAACGAUUUGGGGUUGUUGAGUUGGCUACUGUGUAGAAAACGCUGAAUUCAUUUCUUACUUAGAAGAAUGUCAAAGGAAACUUUUGUAUUCACCUCUUCCACUCUGCGCUCCUUGCGGCUGCAACGAGAAAAGCUGGAAUGGGAAGAAAGGCAGAGGGCUGCAUCUCGCCAGUGGGCCAGCCGGAGGUAUCAUCCAAUUGCCAGGAGCCUCCUUUCUCUCCCCAAGCCUACCAGGCAACUUGAAUACUGUCGGGAUCCUGCUCUUCACAAUGCCCUUUACACAGGAGACUUGCCCAAGAUCCAAAGCAUUUUUAAAGAUAAAAUCACUUCCAACUUGAUUGUGGAGACCCAGGUGGAAGAGCUAGAGUGGUCAGCUGAUCAGGGGUUGUGGGUGUUGACUGCUCAAAAGAAGCACACUUCUCCAUUGCGAAUCACAGCUGCCAGGGGCUAUCAAGACUGUGUGAAACAUCUGCUCUUGAAAGGGGCAGAGGUCAAUGCAGUUAUUGGUGGAAAAGCUGCUUUGCAUGAUAGCUGUGCCAACCACCAUGAAGAAUGCACCCGUCUGCUCCUACGCUUUGGUGCUAAUGCUAAUAUUCUUUCAGAAGAGGGGCUGGCCCCAUUGCAUUUGUGCACCACUCAGGAAACUUUGCCAUGUGCUCAACUACUACUGGAAUAUGGGGCUCUAGUGAACCAGAAAUCAAGAGAUGGUCAUGCUUCCCCAUUGCAUGUGGCUAGCAGGCAUGGUCUAGAGGAUCAUGUCAAACUCUAUCUUUGCUAUGGAGCAAAUAUUGCUCAUAGAAAUCAGGAAGGAGAGACAGCUAUCAACACAGCUUGUGCCUAUGCAGAUAGACCUGAGAAGGCUGGACGCUACUACCAAGUGGUAAAGCAACUUCUGGAUGGUGGGGCCAAUGUCCAGAUUGCUGGCCGAAAGAACCAUACUCCACUGCACAAUGCCUGCAGCAACUGUCACAUUGGUAUUGUAAAGCUCCUGCUACAACAUGGGGCAGAAGUCAAUAUUAGUAAUUGUGCUGGCAAUACUCCUAUGGACUGUGCUUUGCAAGCAGUGGAAGAUUACCUGGACGAAGAGCCUGAAAAAGUUAUAGCCAUGUUGCUCAACCAUGGUGCUGCCUCUAUUAAUUCUAAGAUGCUAAAGUUUUGUGUGUCAUCACCUCGAUCUAUGGAAAUAAUUCUGAAUUCUUAUGACCGAAUACUGUCCUGUGAUUCUUGGGUAGGCUCUGUGCCCACUGAAAUGUGGCAAGAACAUCAAGUGUUCUAUGAUUCAGUUCUUUUCCUGGUGAAUCAGCCUCGCCCACUGCAACAUUUAGCUCGUUGUGUUAUUCGGAGACAGUUAGGGAUGCGUUGCCAUAAAGGCAUCUCCCAACUGAAAUUGCCUCCUUCUUUGCAUGAAUAUUUACUUUUCCCUUUAAAGGGUUAUCUGAAAUAAGAUGAUGGCAAAAUAGAGAGCAAUUAGUAAUUUAAUAUGAUUCCAUCAUCCUAUAAUGAAAUACUAGUAUUGCCACUAAAAUAGUGAUUAAACUGCAAAUAGCAAACAUUUUAGCUAUGUUGAUAGACAUAAUUCUUGUACCUCCAUGUCAGUUCUUGUUCUUGGAUGAUAUGCAAGUAUAGUAAUUAAAGAUAAAUAUGACUUGGAUGUAUCAAUUUCAGCAUAAAGCAGAAUUUGUUCCAGAAGAAAAAACUGAAAAAUAUGGAGAGAAAUUUUGACUGUAAUACAAGAGUGAGUCCUGUUAAGAGGCUCUGAGGCAUGCAUAUCUGAUCGAUUCAGGCUGGAAAUCAUUUUCUUGCAUAUUGAAGUUCCAUCUACACAAUGAGCAUGUGUGCAUAUUAUUAUCCUAUCUCUUUGGCAUGAAGGAUUCUCACUAAUCAGCUAACUACUAUAUUCUGUCCAUCUAAAUAAAGGGCGGGUAUUCACAUAUAUCAAUACUGAUUCUGAUUUAGUUCGAUUGGCCUUGAUUAUAAUCUUUACUUAAGAAUGUAUAUGCUGAGGAUAGAUUGAUAGGGAGAUUAAUAUCACUGGCAUAUUUUUAUAUUUAGUUAAGAAUCUGAUACUAAUUGUAGUAAUUAUUGGUGACCUGUAGACUUCUCGGGGAUGAAGUGGGAUGGAGUGGGACAGUCACCAGCUGCUUUGGCAGUGACAAAUUAAGCAUUGGCAAUAGGGGGAGUGGUCCUACCUGUAAUUGCUAUCUUGCCACCUCAGAGGCUUUGUCUU